GUGACAAAGAACAUUCACACCAACACACAACGAGAAAUAGAUUCUUCUUUCAAUAUUUUAAAAACAAAACUGUGUACUGGAAAGAAAAAAAAGAAAGAGAUGGAACUUGAACCGAAGUUCAAGAGAAUAUGUGUGUUUUGUGGAAGUAGUGCUGGUAAUAAAACCAGUUACAGAGAUGCUGCUAUCGAACUCGGAGCCGAACUGGUAUCAAGAAAUAUAGAUCUUGUAUAUGGUGGAGGGAGCAUUGGUUUAAUGGGUUUGAUUUCUCAAGCUGUUUACAAUGGAGGUCGCCAUGUCAUCGGGGUUAUCCCCAAGACACUAAUGCCAAAAGAGAUAACAGGAGAGACAGUGGGAGAAGUGAAGGCAGUAGCAGACAUGCACCAAAGAAAAGCUGAAAUGGCUAAGCACUCUGAUGCUUUUAUUGCUUUGCCUGGUGGAUAUGGUACACUUGAAGAGCUUCUUGAAGUAAUCACUUGGGCACAGCUAGGAAUCCAUGAUAAACCAGUGGGACUAUUGAAUGUGGAAGGAUACUACAAUUCGUUGUUAUCAUUCAUAGACAAAGCAGUCGAAGAAGGUUUCAUUACACCAACUGCUCGUCAUAUCAUUGUCUCUGCUCCUUCUGCUAAAGACCUUGUCAAGAAACUUGAGGAAUAUGUACCAAAGCAUGAGAAAGUCGCCUCAAAGAAAAGUUGGGAGAUGGAGCAAAUCGGUCUGAGUCCCACUUGUGAAAUCUCAAGAUGAAGAUGGACUAACUUUCUUAAUUAGGAUAAGCCCAAUUGAAUGUUUCUCCAAAUUGGGCUCCUUUUUAUUGAUUGUUAACUUAGUCCCAGCAACCGGAAAACAUAAGCUGGCUCUCUUUUUUUUUUCUUUUUUCUUUUUGUGUAGUUGAUUCUGCUGUUUCAUAUAUUUCGGAAAAGACAGAAAAUGGUUUUUUGUUUGUAUUUCGUAAUAUUUCCCACUAACGACUCAAUUGUUGAUGUUA